AUGUUUAGUGAGUCAACUGCUGAAUUAAUGAAAAUGGAUUGUUACAGACAUUUGAAAUAUGAUGAUAACCCAAUUUUAUAUCCUUAUGAUCUUACGGUUAUAGAACAUGCUGCUGAGCUACAAGCCGGAGCAAACGCGACAGGUAUAGAUACAUUUGAACAGAGAACAAGAGAUAAAAGACAUAACGAUGAUGGCAUGCUCAAUGUACAACAACGAAAAAAACGCGGCUGUACUGCUAAAACACCAGCAGCUGAAUUUUGCUAG